UCGAGUGACGGUGGCGUGUCCCGUGCGGCCACCGUCGGGUAAGAUGGCGGCGGCGGAGAGCAGCGACAGCGAGGAGGAGAACUUAGUGAGCUAUGGAAACCCGCUGCAGCCCCUUCAGGAGGGUGAACAAAUUAAAAAGCCAGUUCCUCUCCAAGAACAGACUGUUAAAGAUGCCAAGGGACGAUACCAGCGUUUCCAUGGAGCAUUUACUGGUGGCUUUUCUGCUGGUUACUUUAACACUGUCGGCACAAAGGAAGGAUGGACACCUUCAGUUUUUGUAUCAUCACGGCAGAACAGAGCAGACAGAACCAUUCUUGGACCAGAAGACUUCAUGGAUGAAGAGGAUCUUAGUGAAUUUGGAAUAGCACCAAAAGAUAUUACAACUACAGAUGAUUUUGCAUCUAAAGCUAAAGAUAGAAUAAAGGAGAAAGCUAGACAGAUUGCAGGAGUUGUUGCUCCCAUUCCAGGAACCACUACAUUUGAUGAUUUAGUAGGACCAUCUAAAUUAACAGUUGGGGUUGAACUGCUACGAAAAAUGGGCUGGAAAGAAGGACAGGGAAUUGGACCACGAGUCAAAAGAAAGCCACGCAGACAGAAACCUGAUCCUACAGUAAAAGUAUAUGGUUGUGCAUUACCACCUGGACUGUCUGAGGGUUCUGAGGAUGAAGAGGAUGAAUACCAGCCAGAGAAUGUGACAUUUGCACCAAAAGAUGUAAUGCCUGUAGAUUUGACUCCAAAAGAGAAUGUACAUGGACUUGGCUAUAAGGGUUUGGAUCCCUCACAAGCUUUGUUUGGUGUAUCUGGAAGAGAACACCUGAAUCUUUUCCCAGGUGGCUCUGAAGAAACAAGCAAUUUACUUGGUGAUCUGAGAUACAGUAGAGGAAGAAAACUAGGUAUUACAGGUCAGGCUUUUGGUGUAGGAGCUUUAGAGGAAGAAGAUGAUGAUAUUUAUGCAACUGACACACUGUCAAAAUAUGAUACGGUUCUAAAGGAUGAGGAGCCUGGAGAUGGCUUGUAUGGUUGGACAGCACCAAAACAGUACAAGUCAAAAAAAAGGCCUGAAAGAGAAUUUAAAUAUAAAGGCAAGAUCCUGGAUGGUUUUUCCUUGGCAUCAAAAUCAUCAGCUCCAAUCGAGGUUUAUCCACCACCUAGCCUGCCACGAAAUUACAGACCAGUCCAUUACUUUCGACCUGUGAUAAUAGCUGGGAAUAAAAACUGCCAUUUACAAAAGGCAUUGGAGGAAUCGACUGGAAAACUUGAGAGUGAUCCAGCACAACAAAGCAGGCAUGCUUUGAAUGCAACUCAGAGGAGGGAACAGCUAGGAGAGACUGAGCUGAAAGGUUUGGCUCCUUCUGUUUUGGAGUAUCUGUGUGAGAGAGAUAGAGAAAGACUCAAAGAAAUUAAACAAGCAUCUGAACAACAGAUGAAAGCAAAAACAGUGUGUCAGCAGUCACAAAGUAGCAGAUUCCAGCCAGUCUCCCCAGAAGAUGCUGGUCACAAGUGGCAAAUGCUCCUGGGGGGGCAGUUAGCAAAUGCUGGUUCUAGUGACUUCAAACCAUUUGCAAAAAAUCCAGAAAAACAAAAAAGAUAUGAAAAAUUCGUGAGAAGUCUUAAACAAGGAGAAAAAGUAGAUACAUUGGAGCACUUCUUAGACCCAAAUAUGACAGAAUGGGAGCGAGGAAGAGAACAGGAGGAGUUCUUCCGUGCAGCGGUGUUCUACAGAUCCUCAAAUUCAACRCUGUCAUCCAGAUUUACCCGGGCCAAAUAUGAAGAUGAUGUUGACAAAGUUGAAGUUCCUCGAGACCAAGAGAAUGAUAUUGAUGAUAAGGAAACGGCUGUGAAAAUGAAGAUGUUUGGCAAGCUCACUAGAGACAAGUUUGAAUGGCAUCCUGAUAAGCUUCUGUGUAAAAGAUUCAAUGUUCGUGAUCCAUAUCCUGAUUCUUCUGUAGUGGGUUUGCCAAAAGUGAAACGGGACAAGUAUUCUGUUUUUAAUUUCUUAACUAUGCCUGAGCCCACAACAUCUGUAACUCAAGCAACAAAUGAAAAAAUCCAAGACAGUAACAGUCUCAACAAACCAAAGAAACCUUCAAGGUGGGAUGUGUCAGAUAAAGAGAAGGAGAAGAAAGAUGCCAUCAGUGAAUUCAUUAGUCUUGCUAGAUCAAAAGCUGACGUUGAGCAGCAGCCACUAGUGCCAGCAACAGAAGAAUGUGGAACUGGUGCAAGUGAAACUCUUCCCACUCCGGUAGCUAAUGAAGAUAAGAAUCAGGAAGAAGAAAGCGAACGACCACCCAUGGACUUAUUUAAGGCCAUCUUUGUGAGCUCCUCGGAUGAAAAAUCAUCUUCCUCUGAAGAAGAAAGUGAUGAAGAACAGCAACCAACUACUUCAGAAAGAAAGUCAGAAGCCACCAAGCAAGUUGAUGUACCAGACAGUUCUUCCUCUAAUGUACAAGAGAGUGUGACUGCUACAACUGAUUCUGGCAUUUCCUCAUUGCCUACUUCAAAGCAGGAACUGGAUACAAAAGAGGAAUUUGGACCAAAGUUGCCACCAGCUUUUUCUGCUAGUAGGUUCUGCACUACUUGGCAACAACCAACAGUGGUUCCAGCAAGUUUUCCUGGGCCUAGUAGGAAACAAAAACAUAAAAAAACCAGAGAGAGGCACAAGACUAAGAAAGAACACAAACACAAGAAGGAAAAGAAAAAGAAGCAUAAGAAGCAGAAAAAUAAAGGAAAACACAAGAAUAAAAAAUCAGAAAAAGACAGCACAUCAGAUAGUACAGAUAGCAGUGACAGCCUUGGUGAUAUGGAUACUACAGGCUUGUCGCCUAAAGAACUUCUAAGAAGAGCUGCUCCAGCCCUCUGAUCAUCUUGGUGGCCUCCUCUGGACCUGAUCAAGAGCUCCAUGCCCUUUCUGUGCGGAGGACCCCAGAGCUGGAAGCACUACUUCAAGUGGGAUCUCACCACAGCAGAGCAGAGGGGCAGGAUCACCUUUCUUGACCUUCUGUCCAAGUUUCUUUUGAUGCUUUACUUCAAAGCUUUAUUUAUGGCUUAGAACUGCAUUAUGGUUUGAAUGUUGUACACAUAUAAGAAGAUACUCUCUUUCCUGAAAUCACUUAAAAUUCUCUGCCUUAUAGGGUAAGUAGAUAGCAGGUGAAGGAGAAGUGAAAUGGCCUCAGGUUUCCCUAUGGGAGACCUAAUUGGGAUAUUUGAAAAAAUUCUUCAUGGUAAGACUUGUCAAGCAUUGUAACAGGCUACCCAGGGCAGYAGUGGUGUCAUCAUGCCCAGAGGGAUCUAAAGGGAGGGAUUUUAGAUGUGGCACUAAGGGACAUGGUUUAGACCUGGCAGCACUAGGUAAUUUGUUGAACUUCAUCACCUGAGAGGUCUUUUCAAAAAAUGAUUCUGUGAUCAAAGAGCCAGUAAUUCAGUAUGGGUCAUCAUCUCAGCACUUCAGCAAUCUGUUCACUGCUGCUGUAUCAAAACAAAACAGAUGUUUAAGUGGAAUUGUCUAUUAUGAAAGAGAUUUCCAGUUAUUUAUAGGUGAAUCCUUCAAAACAUGAAGGACAGCAAAGGGAACCCCAUUGUUGGGAGUUAAGG